AUGUAUUUAGCGGGUGAAGCUCGAUUAACGAAAGGUUAUGAAUUAUUAGCAUCGUAUGUUAUUCACGCAGUUGGACCUAGAUACAAUCCAAAAUAUCAAUCUUCAUGUGUAGAUACAUUACAUCUUGCUUACAAAAAUUGUCUUCAAAUAUGUUCAGUGGAAAAAUUUAAAACAGUUGUCAUUCCUCCAAUUCAUAAUCCGUCAACGGGAUUUCCCUUGUUAGAGGGUACUCAUGUUGCUCUAAGAACAAUUAGACGAUAUCUCGAUAAACAUCAUGAAGAUUUUGAACGAUUAAUUAUUGGUGGAAAUGAACAAGAAAUGGCUACCUAUAAUCAUUUAAUGCCAUUAUAUUUUCCACGAACAACGGAUGAAGCGUCUCGAACAUCACCGUUUAUUCCUAUUGUUGAAUGUGAUGAAUAUGGAGGAAUUGUGCAUCUAGAUCGUCAAAUUCGUAUCGGAGGAAAUCUUCAAUCAAAUCGAAAAGAAUCAGAUCAGAAUGAUGAGACUGAGAACGUGGAAGUGAACGAAAAUAUUCAAAAUAAUGAAAAUGUUAUACUUGGACAAAAACCAAGCGAAGCGAUUAGCAUAAAAUUUCACGUACCAAUGGAAGACGAUAUUGAUUCAACAAGAAAAAGACAAGUUUUAAAUAAUAAAGAACCACCAAAUUCAUUACAAGGGUAUGAACGUUUGCUAGCAAAGGCCAGACGAAUUAAUUUGACACAUAUAUCGAAAUACGACUUUUUAACAAAUAUUGGUAUUGAUCAUAAUGGUAUAAAAGUAAUCGGAAUUGAACCUUGUAAUUUUCCAAUUGAUACAGAUGGUGUACACUCAGAAGAACUUCUAUUGUUUCUAAUCAAAAAUUUUGAUGUUAUAACGGAAAAAACAUAUUAUAUUGUUUAUUUUCAUCCUGAAAACGAACCAAAUAAUAUGUUCAUACAAGUAUUUAAAAAUUUAGUUCAAGUUUGUCAUGAACGAUAUUUUCGAAAUUUAAAAAAUUUAUUCAUUUUUCGACCAACAAUUAAAAUGAAAGUAUCCUAUUGGUGGUUUGCAAAAUUUUCUUAUACAAUAUUAAAAGAGAAAACAAUUUUUUGUCAAACAUUAGAGGAAGUAACGAACGUAAUUGGAUUAAAAUAUAAUGAAUUAGAUUUUCCAAUAUAUGCUGACAGUAGUGUUGUUAUUAUCAUUCCAGUUUUACAAGAUGUGACAGUGAUCAGUGGUCAACGAGCACUGUUACAGUGUAUGUUUCAAGAAAUAAAUGCUGCUCAUCAGUUAAUAUGGAUACGUAACGAUAGAGGUGAUGUUGUUGCACUCAAUACUGAUGUAUUAUCAUCUGAUAAACGUUUAUCCGUUUAUCGAUCCGAAAACGAAUAUCAACUUAUUAUCAAUGAUGUAAACAUUAAUGAUGAAGGAUAUUAUACGUGUGAAGUUAAUACAAGUCCAACAAAAAAAGCCAGUAUACAUUUACAAGUCAAAGGUAAAUGA